AUGUCCCAACACUACCCACUCCCAGUCCUGUCAAGAGACAAGCCAAGCCCCAGCACCAUCCAAUCCCAAUCCCGUCAAGCCAAGCCCCAGCACCACCCAAUCCCAAUCCCGUCAAGCCAAGCCCCAGCACCAUCCAAUCCCAAUCCCGUCAAGCCAAGCCCCAGCACCAUCCAAUCCCAAUCCCGUCAAGCCAAGCCCCAGCACCACCCAAUCCCGUCAAGCCAAGCCCCAGCACCACCCAAUCCCAAUCCCGUCAAGCCAAGCCCCAGCACCAUCCAAUCCCAAUCCCGUCAAGCCAAGCCCCAGCACCACCCAAUCCCGUCAAGCCAAGCCCCAGCACCACCCAAUCCCAAUCCCGUCAAGCCAAGCCCCAGCACCAUCCAAUCCCAAUCCUGUCAAGCCAAAACCCAGCACCAUCCAAUCCCAAUCCCGUCAAGCCAAGCCCCAGCACCACCCAAUCCCGUCAAGCCAAGCCCCAGCACCACCCAAUCCCAAUCCCGUCAAGCCAAGCCCCAGCACCACCCAAUCCCAAUCCCGUCAAGUCAAGCCAAGCCCCAGCACCACCCAAUCCCAAUCCCGUCAAGCCAAGCCCCAGCACCACCCAAUCCCGUCAAGCCAAGCCCCAGCACCACCCAAUCCCAAUCCCGUCAAGCCAAGCCCCAGCGCCAUCCAAUCCCAAUCCCGUCAAGCCAAGCCCCAGCACCACCCAAUCCCAAUCCCGUCAAGCCAAGCCCCAGCACCACCCAAUCCCAAUCCCGUCAAGCCAAGCCCCAGCACCACCCAAUCCCAAUCCCGUCAAGCCAAGCCCCAGCACCACCCAAUCCCAAUCCCGUCAAGCCAAGCCCCAGCACCACCCAAUCCCGUCAAGCCAAGCCCCAGCACCACCCAAUCCCAAUCCCGUCAAGCCAAGCCCCAGCACCAUCCAAUCCCAAUCCCGUCAAGCCAAGCCCCAGCACCACCCAAUCCCAAUCCCGUCAAGCCAAGCCCCAGCACCAUCCAAUCCCAAUCCCGUCAAGCCAAGCUAAACCCCAGCACCAUCCAAUCCCAAUCCCGUCAAGCCAAGCCCCAGCACCACCCAAUCCCAAUCCCGUCAAGUCAAGCCAAGCCCCAGCACCACCCAAUCCCAAUCCCGUCAAGCCAAGCCCCAGCACCACCCAAUCCCAAUCCCGUCAAGCCAAGCCCCAGCACCACCCAAUCCCAAUCCCGUCAAGCCAAGCCCCAGCACCACCCAAUCCCAAUCCCGUCAAGCCAAGCCCCAGCACCAUCCAAUCCCAAUCCCGUCAAGCCAAGCUAAACCCCAGCACCAUCCAAUCCCAAUCCCGUCAAGACACGGCCCCAGCACUACCCAAUCCCGUCAAGACACGGCCCCAGCACUACCCAAUCCCGUCAAGACACGGCCCCAGCACUACCCAAUCCCGUCAAGACACGGCCCCAGCACUACCCAAUCCCGUCAAGACACGGCCCCAGCACUACCCAAUCCUGUCAAGAGACAACCCAAGCCCCAGCACCAGCACCUCCCCAGAAACUGUAGGGGAAUGGAGAGAGACACUGGUAGCCCAAAUGAGCUGUAUGCGACUCUGGAUGGAGCUGUGGCUUGGGGGGGGGAUGGGAGGGGGAAGGGAGUGA